AAGCCUAAACAUUCGCGCGUAUCAUCAAUAAUUAUACAUUAACUGUUGUGUUGAGUCAAAAUAAAAAAGAAGAUAUUUUAAACAAUUUUGUUUAAUAUCAUUGAUUUAGAUUUUAUGUCUAAUUUUAGUUUUAUUAAAUGUGUAUUAAUCUUCUUGUUAAUGACAGGGUUUACUGAGAUGUACAAUGAUGGAUACAUUGGCUGCUUUCUUGAUAAGCCAGACAGAAUCCUCGAAGUUAAGUUUCCAGACUCGGAGGAAAACAAUAGUUACCGUUGUAAAGAAUUGUGCAGAGUGUUUAGAUACAAAUACUCUGGAACCGAGUUUGGUAAGGAAUGUUUCUGUGGUGACAAAUUGAAAGAAUACGAGAAGAGGCCAGACAGUGAAUGCAAUGUCACAUGUACAGGAAAUUUGGAUGAGCUUUGUGGUGCACAGUGGCGAAUUUCUAUCUAUAGCACUUUAGAAAAUUCAUCAAUGAGUACAGAUAUGGUAACUCAAACCACAGAGAAACAAGCUGACGUCGGUGAAGCAUGCGCACAAAUUCGAGAUUGCAAAAACUAUGCACUGACUAUGCAACUACUAAUAUUGCUUACAGUACAUUGGUCUGUUAAAUCUGUGUUUGAAAUAUGUUAAAAAGGUACCGGUAUUGUACUUGUAUUAAACCAAGAUGGACGCUUACAAUCUAUAUGUCGGAAGAGAUAGAUGGAAAAGCAAGAAUAGAAAUUCACAUACAAUUAAUUAUACAACCUGAAAUUAAUUUUUAUUACAAGGAAAGUUGUUUUGAUAUAGUCAGCAAAUUUAUAUAUUUAGGAAUUGUUUUCACAUCAGAGAAGCUCAAAAUAUCAUUACUGGACAAGCGUUGAAAGCAACAUUUAAAAUGAAUAAAUACCUAUAUAAAUGUAUAUUUUAUAAUGAAACAUUCAUUAUAUGUGCUACCUUUUAUUUACAGUAAAACAUUCAUUAUAAAUGUAUGUGCUACCUAUGAAAUAGAUGCAAGUAUGUAACAAACAUGCAUAAACAUUGUUAAUUUACAAAAAAAUUGUUGUAUAUGUAUGUUUUAAUAUAAGUAUCAUUAUGAUAAAGUAUUAAAUAAAGUGUUAAAUACGAA